AUGGUUCAUGGACCGGAGUUUCUUGUUGGAAAUCGAGAUGAAUGGCCUUCACAACGCUGCUUAGAGUCGUCAACGUUGGAAAUGCGUAGUAAGGUCAUGAUAGCCACGUCUCCGUAUGAUGAUAUCACUCUUCGUUGCAAGUACCUUAACACGUUUGCCUCAAUGCAGCGCGUAUAUGCGUUUGUGUUUAAAUUUGUGAAUCGUAUAAAGCAUCCAGGCCUCAACGUGGUAGAUGUCAACAAAGGCACAUGGCUGCUACUGCGAAUGGUGCAGUUGUCAAAUUUAUGGAGUGAUGUCAAGGAGAUUCGUUCGAAAGGCUUCGUCAAGAAAUCGAGCUCAAUCGCUUCUUUGUUGCCGUUCAUCGACCAAUUUGGACUUCUGCGUGUUGGCGGUCGGCUAGCCAAUUCAACUCUUCCCUACGAUGCUCGCCAUCCUAUUAUAUUACCUCGACGCCAUCCCAUUACGUUGGCACUUAUCGCUCACCAUCACAAAAAGAAUCUUCACGUUGGAGCUAGAGCAUUAUUAGCAAAGAUUCGGUUACAAUAUUGGCCGAUUGGCGGACUGCGAACUGUGUCGAAGGUUGUUCGCAAUUGCAUCGAAUGCUUCCGGGCCAAGCCCACUGUGCUCGAACCAAUUAUGGCUAGCCUUCCGAAGGAACGCUUUCUGAAUUCUCGUGCCUUUGCAAUAAGCGGAGUGGACUACUGCGGGCCGUUUUACUAUAAAUCUGAAGUUCGGAACAGACCCCCAAUCAAAUGCUACAUCAGCGUAUUCAUCUGCAUUGCUAGCAAGGCUAUUCAUCUGGAGUUGGUGAAGGAUUUGACAACUGCCGCCUUUCUGGGAGCGCUAAAAAGAUUCGUGUCACUUCGUGAGAGGCCUAAUCAGAUUUGGUCCGAUAAUGCGACUAACUUUGUCGGGGCCAAAAAUGAACUUCAUGAUGUCAAGAAACUUCUCCUCAGCGAUCCUCAUAAGGAGUCAGUUCAUCGGGUGUGCCUGAUGGACAACAUCGAGUGGAAGUUUAUUCCUCCUCGUUCCCCACAUUUUGGUGGACUAUGGGAAGCAGCAGUCAAGAGCGUAAAGCACCAUCUGUAUCGCUCUGUUGGUCGCUCUAUUCUCAACUACGAUGAGCUUCGCACGCUGGUUUGCCAAAUAGCGGCAAUAAUUAAUAGUCGUCCAUUGCUAUCCAUUUCAGAGAGUCCUGACGAUUUGGAUGUGCUGACUCCCGCUCAUCUAUUGUUUGGUGGUCCUCCAACCGUGAUUUUUGAGCCCGACCUAACUAUGCUGGACUACAAUCUGUUGGAUGGUUGGCAGCGUGUCACUCAGUUGCAGCAGGUCUUCUGGGCUAGAUGGCGGGAGGAGUAUCUGACUCUUCUCCAGCAAAGAUCGAAGUGGCGCACUCCUGAUCGUCGUCUCCAAGUCAGCGACUUGGUCUUGGUGAAGGACGAAAAUUUGCCUCCUCUUCGGUGGCCGCUAGCCCGUAUCAUGGCGCUCAUCCCUGGCAAGGACGGCGAGUGUCGAGUUGCCGACUUAAAGACGACGUGUGGCAGCACCCGGAGAGCCAUAAACAAACUCUGUCUACUGCCCCUGAAGGAUGAUGUUGAAAGAUAG